AAGUUCUUUCUUGCCGCCUAAGGCGUCGCCGGGGAUAGCGAUGAUCGCCUCUGCGAGCUCGAGAAGUAGUGAGGGUUUUCGAUCAUCUUGCGCGGAUCCAAGACUUUGAGCUGCAGGGGAGCCGCGGCUGCCACAGCAGGAUGGAGAGAUGCGAUCUUCUUGAGCGCUUGGACGAGCAAGAACCGGGAGGAGAUGGGCGGGGGAGGCGCUGCUGCUCCAAAUUUCGGUGCCAAGCUCGAUCGAGGAACCCUGCCGCCAUCGCAGAAUCUGUGCCCCGACGGAUCGGUGGGAUGCCAGGAGCCAGCUCCAACGAUGGUGAUCGUCAUCGCCGGCCUGUGCGUCAUGCUCUUCCUCAUCGCGAUCGCGUUGCUGCUGCUCUUCUACUCGUAUUACAAGUACCGGAGGCCGGCCAGGGUGGGAUUGGACGUGGAAUCGGCCGCAGCUCUUGCGGCUAUGGAUGCCGCCGCCGGAGAGGACGAGGGUAGCGAGAACUACGAUGGAGCUUUCUUGGUGUUGAUGCCUGGCGACGAGGAGCCGCAUUUCUUUGCAAGACCGAGUCCAUUGCCGGGGGAUUUGGAGGAUCCGGAGGGUGUUACUGGCGAAAUUUUGGCUGGAAUUCUCGACGCCGUGCUGGAUCGAGAGGCAGAGAUCGCUGGCAAUGCUGAUGGUUCCAGUGGCGGUGAUGGCAGCGUGGAUCAGGGUGAGAAUGGGAAGGAUUUGAGAGGCGGAGGCGAGGAAGACGAUCCCUCGAGGAGGCACCGAUAGGAAGUAUAGAUUCUUCUCUCCAUUCCUUCGAGGAAAUUUUGUCUACUGAUACCAGUUUUGUGAAUUGAAUCGCUUCGGUUUUGCGCGAGCGA